CGGCCACCAUUUUCCAACACACAGCGGCGGCGGCGGCGCAGCUAGCAAGACAGCCGAGCGAGAGCCAGGGAAGCAGGGAGUCAGGGAGCUAGCGAGCCGAGCCACCCUCACCACCCGGAGAGAGGAGGCUUCCUUCCCCUCGGCACCGGCGGCGGGGCAGCCAUGGCGGCCAACAUGUACCGGGUCGGAGAUUAUGUUUAUUUUGAGAACUCGUCCAGUAACCCGCUGCUGAUCAGGAGGAUAGAGGAGUUGAAUAAGACAGCCAAUGGGAACGUGGAGGCCAAAGUGGUCUGCUUUUACCGACGCAGGGACAUCUCCAGCACGCUCAUCGCCCUGGCAGACAAGCACGCCAGGGAGCUGGAGGAGGAGAUGGAGAAUCCCGAGAUGACCGACCUCCCGGAGAAGCAGAAACAUCAGCUCAGACACAGGGAGCUCUUUUUGUCCCGCCAGCUUGAGUCCCUCCCCGCCACGCACAUCAGGGGGAAAUGCUGUGUGACGCUGCUGAAUGAGACCGAAGCGCUCAAGUCCUACCUGGACAGAGAGGAUGCCUUCUUCUACUCGCUGGUGUACGACCCCCAGCAGAAGACCCUGCUGGCCGACAAGGGGGAGAUCCGGGUGGGCACCAAGUAUCAGGCCGACAUCACCGACCUGCUGAACGAAGGUGAGGAGGAUGCCAGAGAUCUGGAGAAACUGGAGGAGAAGAUCUGGGAGCCCAGCAGCUCGCUGACGGAGAAACAGAUCGACCAGUUUUUGGUCGUCGCUCGGUCGGUAGGGACCUUUGCCCGAGCAUUGGACUGCAGCAGCUCGGUGCGCCAGCCCAGCCUUCACAUGAGUGCUGCCGCGGCCUCCAGAGACAUCACCUUGUUCCACGCCAUGGACACUCUGCACGGCACGGGCUACGACGUGACGCGGGCCAUCGCGGCGCUGGUGCCCCAGGGCGGCCCGGUUCUGUGCCGCGACGAGAUGGAGGAGUGGAGCGCCUCAGAGGCCAACCUGUUCGAGGAGGCGCUGGAGAAAUACGGCAAGGACUUCACGGACAUCCAGCAGGAUUUUUUACCCUGGAAGUCCUUGACGAGCAUCAUUGAGUAUUACUACAUGUGGAAGACCACUGACAGAUAUGUGCAGCAGAAACGAUUAAAGGCAGCCGAGGCCGAAAGCAAGUUAAAGCAGGUCUACAUCCCCAACUACAACAAGCCAAACCCCAACCAGCUGAGCAGCAACAACCCAAAGCCGGUGGCGCUGGUCAACGGAGCCGCCGGAGCCGCCGCACCCGGACCACCGGGGCAGCUGGGUCAAGUGCAGAACCCCCCACCGCUGGCACGAGCCUGUGAAAGCUGCUACACCAACAGUUCCUAUCAGUGGUACUCGUGGGGACCUCCCAACAUGCAGUGUCGCCUAUGCGCCUCCUGCUGGACAUACUGGAAGAAGUACGGCGGACUGAAGAUGCCCACCAGGCUGGACGGGGAGAGACCCGGACCGAACCGCAGCACUAUGAGCCCUCACGGUGUGCCUCUGCGACACAGCGGCAGCCCCAAGUUCGCCGUCAAGACGCGGCAGGCCUUCUACCUGCAGACCACUUCCCUGACGCGGGUAGCGCGGCGCCUCUGCCAGGACAUCAUCAAGCCCCGCUACCUGGGCCGCCACCCCUACCUCCCCGUCAACACGGCUGCUAUCAAGGCUGAAUGUGCGAUGCGGUUGCCAGAUAAAGACCCGGGCAAGCCUUCGCCGCUCAAACCCACGGAACGCAAACCUCUGGAGUCUGUGGUUCGAUAUCUAGAAGCACAUCCCCGUCCAGCCAAAGCGGAGACGCCCGCCCGCGGAGCGUCCAUCUCCAUGGGCAGCCUGACGCCCAUCAAGUCCUCCCCCAUCCUCAACAACGGCUCCCCCACCAUCCUCGGGAAGCGCAGCUACGAGCAGCACAACGGACUCGAUGGCACUAAAUCCAAAGGCUUGGCCCCCCAGUGGGACAUCAUGGCCAAACGCAUGAGUGAAGUGGGCCGGGCCUCAGCUGCCAUGCAGGACGAGGUGCACCAACUGGACUGAACGCGCCGCAGGGACGUCCCACGUCCACCUUCCGCACCUGCCGGAGGGCGCCAGAAGUCACGUUCCACUAAAAUGCUUGGUCCUGAAUGUAGCUGGAAGGAGUCGACUGUGUUUUUUUUUGGUUUGUUUUUGGGGGUUUUUUCUGCAGUCGUCCGACGGUCCAUCUCUUUGUACAGGACUGUGUUUAUUACUUAUGUCUAUUGUUGUUAUUAUUACAAUGUCAACGUUUUUUGUUUUCUUUUUAACGACUAUAAUUCAGCUUCUUGUUCUUCUUUAGCAAUCAAAUGUUUCAUGAGGAAUACUUGUAAAGUACAAAAAAAAAAAAAAACCUGUGGGGAAAAAAGAGAG